UAUAUAGACGCGGCUGAAGCUUUUCUGCAGUCUUGGCUGUUUACCUGCUUUGUUGAUUGCUGGCCCGAGGUUUCUAGUUGUGCUGUAUUGUGGGAUUGUCGCUGAGCGCUGCGCCGACGACGUCAUAGCGACGCGAUACUACACACUGCUGCUGCUAUCCUACUCCUACUGCUACUCCCACCCAGCCUCUCGUCUUGAACCGCACCUCCGCGACCAGACCUACGCCGUCCCUCUGCCGCUUUGCUAGCUGCGAAUCCGCACCGCACCCCCCAACGACGCCCACGAGCAAUUGACCCCGCAACUCCGCCGCAAUGGCAGACAAACUCGGCCUCAAGCCGCAGCGCAAGAUCGAGCUGUACUCGGGCAGCUACUUCGCGGCAUGCACGAUUGGCGGGAUCGUCGCGUGCGGGCCGACGCAUACUAUGGUUACGCCGCUGGAUUUGGUUAAAUGCCGCCGCCAAGUCGACGCCAACCUCUACAAAUCCAACGUCCAGGCCUGGAAAACCAUCUACGCCAAGGAGGGCCUGCGCGGCGUCUUCACUGGCUGGUCGCCCACCUUCGUCGGCUACUCGCUGCAGGGCGCCGGCAAGUACGGCUUCUACGAGGUCUUCAAGUACCUGUACGGCGAGCGCCUGGCCCCGGAGGCCCCCAAGACGCUCGUCUUCCUGGCCGCCUCGGCCAGCGCCGAGUUCCUGGCCGACCUGGCCCUGUGCCCCCUCGAGGCCAUCAAGGUGCGCAUGCAGACCUCGGUCCCGCCGUUCGCGGCCACGCUGCGCGAGGGCUGGGGCAAGGUCGUGCAGCAGGAGGGCGUCGGCGGCCUGUACAAGGGCCUGUAUCCGCUGUGGGCGCGCCAGAUCCCGUACACCAUGGUCAAGUUCGCCACGUUCGAGGAAACCGUGUCGCAGAUCUACAAGGCGAUUGGCAAGCCCAAGGAGCAGCUCAGCGGGCUGCAGCAGACGGGCGUGUCGUUCCUGGGCGGCUACAUCGCCGGCGUCGGGUGCGCGGUUGUGUCGCAUCCCGCGGACGUCAUGGUCUCCAAGCUCAACUCGGACCGCAAGGCCGGCGAAGGCGCGGGCCAGGCCAUCUCGCGCAUCUACGGCAACAUCGGGUUCCGCGGGCUGUGGAACGGGCUGCCGACGCGCAUCUUCAUGAUCGGCACCCUGACGGCGUUCCAGUGGCUGAUCUACGACUCGUUCAAGGUCGGCCUGGGGCUGCCCACCACGGGCGGUCACUAGACGGGUGUGCGUUGCGGAGACGCCUGGAUGUAUGAGGAUUGAGAGGUGGCGCGGGGCGUUAUGGGCGUUGGGGUGGCGUGGCUUCUUCGGAUUCAAUGUAGUGUAAUGUGAAAUUCCAUCGUAGACGAUGCAGUUCAACCGGUCUUCCACCG